AUGGUUAAUAUAGAAUUAGAAAUGGCUGGAUCAGGAUCAGGCUCAUCAAGUGGCGACACUACCCCAAAAAGAAAUUCAUCAGAAUUAUCAUCACCAAAGAUACCAUCAAGUCACAGUGAUUACAGCUUAGCAGAUAAUGGCUAUGGCGAACUUUCAAUUUCCCAAGUUGUUAUUAGAAGUGAUUUCUUCAAUGAAUCUGCUGAAAAACAAUCAAGAAUUAUUUUAGAUAGAUUCAAUGAAGGUAUUGGUAAAAACUCUGCUUUCACAGAUUCACCAGCUCUUGGUCGUGGUCUUAGUCGUGUUGAUAUUAGUUAUUUUGUUUUAGGUCAUAGAAAUCAAGUUGCUGAACUUUUUGAUCCAAGAGGUCAACGUUUCAGUACUGUUUUAUCAGCUGAUCCAACUGUUACAAUUAAAUAUAUUGGCCCAGUUUCAAAAACUGCAAAUUAUUAUGGUGCUUAUGGUAAACACGUAUUAAAUGUACCAGCUGGUUAUUAUGCUAAAGCUCUUUCAAAGAAUAGACCAGUUAUUUAUGGUGAAGGUCCACAUGUUAUCAUCGAUCCAACAUUCCAAUUUGAUGAAAGAACAGGUUUCGUUAACCAGCAAGAACCAUUUGUUUCUCAUUCAACUAUUCAUAUUUUAAGAAUUCCAGCAGGUAAAAUUGCAAAGGUUUGGGUUGGUACUCAACCAAAAAUUUUAGAAUCACGUCGUGAACCAUAUAUAUUUGAUGAUCCACAAUUUAAAUUAGUUGCUCCAGAGGGUGCUGUUAAAGCUUCACUCUUCCUCAAUUCAUCAGAUACUUUUAUCGAACAUGGUUCAAUCAAACGUAUCAUUCCACAUACUGGUGAAGUUGCAAUCACCUAUAAUAAUGGUAUCCUUACAAUUAUCUCACCACCAAAAGAUGGCAAACCAGUUUUCAUCGAUUCCCCAACCCACAAUUUCGAAGGUUUCAUCAGUACUAGCCUCCAAACUUGUCUUUUCCCAUCAAAAGAAACUAAACAUCAAAGUUUAUUAGACAACAAAUCUGCAACUUCAGAUGAAAUUAACCUCAAGAUUUUCCAAACUCGUGAUUCACUUCGUGUUGGUGUUGUAUUAGUUGUUGCUUUCAAAAUUGUUGACCCAGAACUUGCCAUCACUAAAUUAGGAAAAGAAGGUAUUAUCAAUCAUAUUGAAAAUGUUUCAUUUGCAGAUAUGGGUAAAUCAAUUCAAUUAAGUACUCUCCAAGAGGUUAUGUACUUUAACCAAACCAAACCAGGUGGUCCAAUCGAUGACAAUGUUCAAACCAUCCAAGAUCGUGUUAAAGGUAAUCUUGCUCGUGAUUUAUUAGAAUUUGGUGUUGAACUCCAACGUCUUCAAAUCGAAACCAUGAAGGUUUUAGAUACUGAAAUCGCCAAGAAAUUAGCAGGUCAAUCCGUCACCUCAGCCGAAUACACAACCAAACAAGCAACCUUAGUCAAAGAGUACGACAUUAAAACCACUGAAGCUCGUCUUAAAGCUGAAACCGAUAACAUUGCUUUAGCCCAAAAGAAUCAAGCCGUCAUUGCCGAAUCACAAGCUAAACUUCAAUCUGCCCAAAAAGAAGCUGAAGCUUUACUCAUUGCCGCCGAUGCUCAAAGAAAAGCUCAGGAAAUGCAAGGUGAACUAUUCACUAAAUAUCCAAUUCUUGCAGAAAUUGAAUUAGCUAAAAUCAAAGCCCAAGCUCUCAAAGGUGCCACCCUUUAUAUUACCCCACAAGAUGCAGGAAAUUUCAUGAACUCACCAUUAGUUUAUGUUGAUCAAUUAAUGAACAAACAACAAAUUACAAAGAAAUAA